AUGCUCCGCGUUCUGUCUCUGUCAGCCGCCGCUGCUGUCAGCGGCCUGCAUGUCUCACAGGAGCCCAUGCAGCUGUUGGGCUCUCGCCUCGGAGCUGGAGUAGUGAGAGCAGCCUCCUCGGUCGCCUUGGAUCCAGAGUUCACGAACACUCUCGGCGAGAAGUUCCAUGUGGCUUGGCCCGGAGAGUUCAAUCUGAUCGGAAUGCCCAAGGACGCGGACAUCGUGUCGCCCAGCGCUGCGGACUUGGUGGUCAAUGCGACCCUUGAAGACGUCGGCCUCAAAGACUGCGACGAUCUCCUCAUCCGCAAGGUCACCGUCUUCGGCACGAAGAUCGGCAGCUUCAGCUCUUUGGAGUUCAGCAUUGGCAGCGACGACUUCAACACCACCGAUGCACUGGGCCUGAAAAUCGAUGGUGUCUCUAAGACUGUGACGGAAUUCCUCGCAGACAUGCCGACGUGCACAUUUACCCGACCUCGAGUGGUCGCGCUUCCCACCAAGAACAGCUUCCGCAAGCGCUCAGCGAUGUACAGUGCCAUUUGCAACCUCGGCGAUGUCCCGAAUACGGUCACCCUGACCUGGUCUUCAGUUUGGCGCAAAAACUAUGGGGAUGUGUACUACCAGAAUGACCUGGAGGUGUUCGUCUCGGGUGUCGGGAGCGAUCCCGCAGGGCUCCUCGGACCAGAUGAUCACUCGUGGACGCAGCAGAUUCACAGCGCGUGCACGCGCUGA